AUCGUUCUCGCAAACGGAGCGGUGCAAGAGCAACAAAAUAAAUGAAUUAAUUUUUGUUUUACAUGAAACAUGCAACAAUUAUAACGCGUAUCUUUUUGUAUAGUUUGUUUUCGUUAUUAAGGAUACGUUAAGAAAGUGUGCGUGUGUGUGUGUGCAUGUGUGUACGUGUCUGAGAGAACGGAAACAAGGAAAUCCCCAAAAAAGACAAAAACAACCAAAGAUACAUAAACACAAAUCGCAAUGUUUUUGCGUUCUCAGUUGUUGCCGCUGCUGUUGUUUUUGUUGUUCUCGGCAGCGCGAGCGUCCCAAGGAGCUGAGGCGGGGGCAAAUGGAGACGAUGCAGCAGUUGGAGAGGCAAAUUUGAAUGAUAUUGUCAAAGUGUUCACGGUGGCCAGUGAACCGACAGAUGGCUAUAUGCGUUAUAUACGAUCUGCACGCGUUUACGAUAUUGAGGUCACAACUCUUGGCAUGGGAGAUGAAUGGAAGGGCGGGGAUAUGCAACGGGCUGGAGGUGGCUAUAAACUAAAUCUGCUACGGGAAGCUAUUGCACCGCAUAAGGAAGCUCAGGACAAAAUAAUCCUAUUCACGGAUAGCUAUGAUGUCAUUAUCACUGCCAAUGUAGAGGAAAUUGUGGAGAAAUUCAAAGAAUCUGAAGCAAAGAUUCUCUUUUCGGCUGAGAAGUUUUGUUGGCCAGACAAAACGUUGGCCGAUCAAUAUCCCGAGGUGGAGGGCAAAGCGUCUAGAUAUUUGAAUUCGGGUGCCUUCAUUGGUUAUGCACCACAGGUCUAUGAACUGCUCGAGGACACACCAAUCGAUGACACUGAUGACGAUCAGUUGUAUUUUACAAAAAUCUUUUUGGAUGAAACGAAACGUGGCAAAUUGGGCAUAGAACUGGACACACAAUCGCGACUAUUCCAGAAUCUACAUGGUGCCAAAAAUGAUGUGAAACUGAAAGUGGAUCUAGAUAGUAAUCAGGGUAUACUACAGAAUAUUGAUUUUAUGACCACGCCAGCCAUAAUACAUGGCAACGGACUGAGCAAAGUUGAAUUGAAUGCCUAUGGCAAUUAUUUGGCCAAAACAUUUAGUGGCAUCUGCACAUUUUGCCUUGAAAAUCCUUUGGAGUUGAAUGAAAAUGAAUUACCAAUUAUUUCAUUAUCUGUGAUUGUGCCCCAUCCUGUGCCCUUCUUUGAUCAAUUUCUGAAGGGCAUAGAAACACUGAAUUAUCCAAAGAAAAGUAUUCAUUUGUUCAUUUAUAGCAAUGUUGAAUUGCACGAUGCUGCAGUCAAAUCGUUUGUGAAUCAAAAUAAAGAUUCCUAUGCCAGUGCUAAAUAUGUUUUAUCCACGGAUGAACUGGACGAACGUCGUGCUCGACAAUUGGCUUUGGAACAAGCUAAACGUCAUCAUAGCGAUUAUAUAUUCAAUGUGGAUGGCGAAUCACAUAUCGAUGAUGCCGAAGUGCUACGCGAAUUGCUUAGAUUGAAUAAGCAAUUUGUGGCUCCUUUAUUCGCGAAAUAUCAUGAACUUUGGAGCAAUUUCUGGGGUGCAUUAUCCGAUUCGGGUUACUAUGCUCGCUCCCAUGAUUAUGUGGAUAUUGUUAAACGGGAUCUCAUCGGCAUGUUUAAUGUUCCCCAUGUGACGAGCAUCUAUCUAAUUAAGCAUAGCGCCUUUGAUGUAAUCAACUUUAAUCAUAAAGAAUAUGAUCCCGAUAUGGCCUUAAGUGAGUCUCUGAGAAAUGCGGGGAUUUUCAUGUACAUCAGCAAUCAGCGUUACUUUGGCCAUUUGAUUAAUACGGAUAACUUUAAUAGUACAUUAGUUCGUCCCGAUUUUCAUACUUUGUUCACAAAUCGUUAUGAUUGGACUGAGAAGUACAUACAUCCGAAUUAUUCACUGCAAUUGAAUGAGUCAACGAUCAUACCGCAACCAUGUCCCGAUGUCUUUUGGUUUCAAAUAGUAACUGAUGAUUUCUGUGACGAUUUGGUGGCUAUAAUGGAAAGUCAUGGUGGUUGGUCCGAUGGCAGCAAUAGCGACAAACGUCUAGAGGGUGGCUAUGAAGCGGUUCCUACCCGUGAUAUUCAUAUGAAGCAAGUGGGACUUGAGUCCUUGUAUCUGAAAUUCUUGCAAUUAUUCGUGCGACCCCUGCAAGAAAAAGUCUUUUUGGGUUAUUAUCAUAAUCCACCACGCUCAUUGAUGAACUUCAUGGUUCGCUACCGACCGGACGAACAGCCCUCAUUGCGUCCUCAUCACGAUUCAUCGACAUAUACCAUCAAUAUUGCCAUGAAUAAGGCGGGCAUUGAUUAUGAGGGCGGCGGUUGCCGUUUCUUGCGCUACAAUUGUUCCGUCACUGACACCAAAAAGGGUUGGAUGCUAAUGCAUCCAGGUCGAUUGACACAUUUCCACGAAGGAUUGCUGGUGACCAAUGGCACACGUUACAUUAUGAUUUCCUUUAUAGAUCCAUAGAAUGUGCCACUUUGAUAUAUACCUAUGACACACUGCCAUAUUGGCCACUCCAAAGAUAGAAUCAAAAAUCAAAGCCUAGUUUUAGUUUUAAGAAUGCUGGAGUGCUUGAGAUUUAUUUACUUGAAUGAGAUUUUUACAAAGAAAUGUUUUGAUAUCUCAACAUACACACAUACAUACAUACAUACAUACAUAUGAAUGUAUAACUCCUUAUAUAGUCGGAAUAUAGCUUGAGAGUUCUUACAAGAAUCUACAAUUAUGCCUUAAGUUAAACGUAAGAUUUUUUUACAAAUGUUCCAAAUGUGUGAAUUGAUUAUACAAUCAACAAAUAUAAGCAAUUUUUUUCCUAACAAAA